UCCCGACUGGCCCCGUUAGCCGACUAAGCAGACAAAACUGCGCCGGCACUCUUGUUGUGCCACACACCGCAGUGCGUUGGACCCGUAGGAAGUUACGCUCGGGGGCAUUUCGGUCAGUGGGACGCGAGGGGACGAAGCGCUGGACCGCGCUGCUGUCCAGAAGACCGUUGGACAGUCAAACGCAGGCCACUUCAGUCUAUGGGCUCUCAGUCCAGUUCUGGGAUGUCAGGUGGAAGGGGCUCUUCCAGUGGCAACCCAGCUGAGCAGCCCGAAGCAUCCGAACCGAACCAGAGCAGCAGCAACAGCAGCAGCAGCCGGGGCCGCAGGACGGCCGACGGACAGCAAGGAGACAGACAACCAGCAUCAGAGGAGGACGUGGACUUAGCUGAAGUGCUGGCUUACCUACUGAGGAGGGGCCAGGUCCGGCUGGUCCAUGGGAGCGGAGCCACUGGGCUGCAGCUGGUCCAGUCGUACUCUGACUCCGACGAGGACAGCGACGGAGCCUGGGACGGCCGGCUGGGCGACCGCUACAAUCCGCCAGUGGACGCCCAACCCGACACACACGAAGUGGACCAAAGUGAGAUCCGAACUCAGAUCCUGCUGGCCACCGGCUCCUUCACCGCCAAAGGCCGCCACAGUUUCACCCACAUGCUCACAGAGAGGAGGCAGGGCAGAUGUAGAGGCGCCAGUUUUUCUCAUGGAGAGUGCAGUCGUAUCCGCACACACUUUCUGCCAAACUAUGUAUCGCACAAGGAUACGUACCAGCAGAAAGCCUUCUGUGGAGUGUACAGCGAGGAUGGCAACAUGUUCCUCUCCGCCUGCCAAGACCAGAACAUCCGCCUGUACGACACAUCGAGGGGCCGCUUCCACUUAAGGAGAACGGUGAAGGCUCGCGACGUUGGCUGGAGCGUCCUGGACGUCUGCUUCACCCCUGACGCCCAAAAUGUGCUCUACUCCAGCUGGUCCGACUACAUUCACCUGUGCAGCAUCGAUGGAGACAGUGAAAACCACACCGCCUUGGACCUCAAUCCAGAUGAGAGGAGGUUCUGUGUGUUCUCACUGGCUGCGUCCACAGAUGGCAACGAGAUCCUGGGAGGAGCAAACGACGGCUGCCUUUAUGUCUUCGAUCUCGAGCAGAACAAGCGAACGCUGAAGAUUGAAGCCCACGAGGACGACGUGAAUGCGGUGGCGUUUGCCGACAGCUCGUCCCAGCUGCUCUUCUCUGGCAGUGACGACGCGCUGUGCAAGGUGUGGGACAGACGGACGCUGCGCGAGGACAGACCGCAGCCUGUCGGACAGCUGGCCGGCCACCGAGACGGCAUCACCUUCAUCCACAGCAAGGGUGACGCACGCUACCUGAUCAGCAACUCAAAGGACCAGUCUAUCAAGCUCUGGGACAUUAGGAAGUUCUCACCCAAAGAGGGCCUGGCGGCUUCCCGGGUGGCUGUCACGCAGCAAAACUGGGAUUACCGCUGGCAGCAGGUUCCCCAGAGAGCCCUGAAGAGACACAAGCUGACCGGCGACACCUCGGUGAUGACGUACCGCGGCCACGGCGUCCUGCACACCCUCGUCCGCAGCCGCUUCUCCCCCGAGUUCACCACCGGACAGAGGUUCAUCUACUCGGGCUGCUCCACCGGCAAAGUCGUCAUUUACGACGUCCUGACGGGCGCCGUGGUCUCCAGACUGUCGGGCCACGACGCGUGCGUGAGGGACGUCAGUUGGCACCCGUACGAGGACAACAUCGUCAGCAGCUCCUGGGACGGAGCGGUGCGAAUGUGGGAGCACCGACAGACUCACCCGCUAGAGGAGGAGAGAGAGCGGGACUGACAGCGGGGGAGGAAAGACCCUCCGGCCGCCACAGAAGAAGAGAGUCGAAGGAAAUCGGAUAUCAGAGAUGUCGGAUGAUGUGACUUCGCCACGGACGAGCAGAGGCUGCACGCUCACAAGGACGAAGAGACAAUUAACUAUUUUUUUAAUUCGAUGGUGGAUAAUAAUGAUUGCCGUUGUGGUGACGUGUUUAUUUGGAAGGCAUUAUAGCCUCGCGUUGUCAGGAACGGUAUGGGACGGCCUGCUCACGCUUGAUUUCUUUUUCUUUCUUUUUUUUGCCUCAAUGUUUUGCAAAAAAGGCAUCGGCGGAGCUUCUGAAUUUGGCCUGAAACACUUUGCGAGGAUGAGCUGGGAACGCUGAGCACUGCACUUACUUAAUGAGCUAUCGGAACGGAAUGAGGACUUAGUUGCAAGUCGAUGUUGGAUAUUGCAGGGAGAAUGUGGCGCUGAUGAUUCUGAAUAAAUGUAUAGUAUUUUAAUGGUA